AUUUGCGAUAUUUGCGUCAGGCGCCUCUAACAGCCUAACACAUAGUGUAUCAUUCAUUGAUAUAAUUAAGCAUGAAGGACCAUUAGUAUAUAUUUAGGUGAACUUUGGUCGACAGCACUUCGGCUAUUAUUCUUUCAAUUCGUAGGAUUUCCUGUGUGAUCGAGUUCCUCUUCGAGUUCCACGCAGCUCUUAUAGGACCACUAUCAACCUCAUUUAAAUACUACAUUCGCUGACAAUGAAAAAAGAAGCCUGCUAUUAGUAGUUGCUUGAUCAUCAAACAUGGGUAGCUUAGAAGACCCCAUUGCUUUGACGUCAAGCCUAAAACAUACUCUGCUCUCUUAUCACAAUCUAAAGGAUCAUGAAUGGACGAUAACCAAAAAAUCAAAAGAUGUCAUAGUAUGGAGAAAGCCAUCAGAAGAGUUCCAUGGUUUCCUGUAUAAAGCCCAGGGUUUUGUUGAAGAUAAUCCUUACAGAAUAAUGGAUUAUAUUCGUCCUGGACCAUAUAGACUAGACUGGGACAGUUUGAUGACAUCCAUGGACAUUGUUAAAACAAUCGAUAAGGGCUGUUGUGUGAUGAGAUACUCAACUGCAGGGCAGUUGUGGAACAUUAUCGCACCUAGAGAGUUCAUUGAUUUCUCGUACACCACAGAUUUCCAGGAAGGCCUUCUGUCCUGUGGAGUCAGUGUGGAUCAUGAAGAGAAGCAUCCGAGUUUUGUCCGGGGCUUUAACCACCCCUGCGGCUGGUUCUGCAUCCCCUCCGACGAGGAGAACAGCCCUCACCACAGCCUCCUGACGGGCUACAUUCAGACAGACCUGAGGGGUAUGAUCCCCCAGUCAGCCGUGGACACAGCCAUGGCCAGCACUCUGGUUAGCUUCUACUCUGACCUGCGACAAGCUCUAAAAGCCUGACCACCGAAACCUGGUCGGAUCGAUGAAUUCUGUCGAUCGGUUCAGAUGGGUCAAUCACAC